AUGAUGACAGGCACCGGCGGCACCGACGAUUCCUACGCAGGGACCGGUAGAACAGCCUCCUACGUCGCUCGAGCCGACGGCAACAACACAACCUGUAGCGGCUCCCGUGGAGCCACCCUCCACGGCAACAACACAACCGGCCGCGGCGCCGACACCAACGGUUACGGCGCCCCCCGCCACUGGGACAUCGCCACCGGCUACGGCACCGACUCCAGCAGUUACCGCGCCCCCUGCCACGGGGACGACACAACCGGUUACCGCACCAGUAACGGCACCAGCGCCCGCGGUUACCACCCCUCCCGCUACAGGGACAUCGCCACCGGCGGCGGCACCAGUAACGGCACCAACGCCACCCGCUACCACCCCUCCCGCUACAGGGACAACGCCACCGGCGGCGGCACCAGUAACGGCGCCAACGCCACCCGCUACCACCCCUCCCGCUACAGGGACAUCGCCACCGGCGGUUGCACCAGACACGGCGCCAACGCCACCCGCUACCACCCCUCCCGCUACAGGGACAACGCCACCGGCGGUUGCACCAGUAACGGCACCAACGCCACCCGCUACCACCCCUCCCGCUACAGGGACAUCGCCACCGGCGGCGGCACCAGUAACGGCGCCAACGCCACCCGCUACCACCCCUCCCGCUACAGGGACAUCGCCACCGGCGGCGGCACCAGUAACGGCACCAACGCCACCCGCUACCACCCCUCCCGCUACAGGGACAACGCCACCGGCGGUUGCACCAGUAACGGCGCCAACGCCACCCGCUACCACCCCUCCCGCUACAGGGACAACGCCACCGGCAGCGGCACCAGUAACGGCACCAACGCCACCCGCUACCGCCCCUCCCGCUACAGGGACAACGCCACCGGCAGCGGCACCAGUAACGGCACCAACGCCACCCGCUACCACCCCUCCCGCUACAGGGACAACGCCACCGGCGGUUGCACCAGUAACGGCGCCAACGCCACCCGCUACCACCCCUCCCGCUACAGGGACAACGCCACCGGCAGCGGCACCAAACACGGCGCCAACGCCACCCGCUACCGCCCCUCCCGCUACAGGGACAUCGCCACCGGCGGUUGCACCAGUAACGGCGCCAACGCCACCCGCUACCGCCCCUCCCGGUACAGGGACAUCGCCACCGGCGGUUGCACCAGUAACGGCGCCAACGCCACCCGCUACCACCCCUCCCGCUACAGGGACAACGCCACCGGCGGCGGCACCAGUAACGGCACCAACGCCACCCGCUACCACCCCUCCCGCUACAGGGACAACGCCACCGGCGGUUGCACCAGUAACGGCACCAACGCCACCCGCUACCGCCCCUCCCGCUACAGGGACAACGCCACCGGCGGUUGCACCAGUAACGGCGCCAACGCCACCCGCUACCACCCCUCCUGCUACAGGGACAACGCCACCGGCGGUUGCACCAGUAACGGCGCCAACGCCACCCGCUACCGCCCCUCCCGCUACAGGGACAACGCCACCGGCGGUUGCACCAGUAACGGCACCAACGCCACCCGCUACCGCCCCUCCCGCUACAGGGACAACGCCACCGGCGGUUGCACCAGUAACGGCACCAACGCCACCCGCUACCGCCCCUCCCGCUACAGGGACAACGCCACCGGCAGCGGCACCAGACACGGCGCCAACGCCACCCGCUACCACCCCUCCCGCUACAGGGACAACGCCACCGGCUACGACGCCAACUCAACCAGUAACCGCCCCCCCCGUCACGGCGCCAACGCCACCCGCUACCGCCCCUCCCGCUACAGGGACAACGCCACCGGCAGCGGCACCAGACACGGUGCCAACGCCACCCGCUACCACCCCUCCCGCUACAGGGACAACGCCACCGGCUACGACGCCAACUCAACCAGUAACCGCCCCCCCCGUCACGGGGACAACACCACCGGCUUCGGCACCAACCCUGUUGUGGCGCCUACGGCUUCUGCGGCGGUGACCAAUGCGCCUGUGGAUGCGGCCCAGCCAGUGGCACCGGGGACAAUCCCGCCAGUGGCACCGGGGACAACGGUUCCCCCUGCCACGGCUCCGACCGCGCUGGCGCCGAGUGCUGAGCCUGUGAUUGGGGUACAGCCGAGCGUCCCUCCAGUCGUCGCUCCCUCAGCAGCAAUCGGACAGGACCCUACCGUGGACCCGAUAGCCGUGGUGCCUUCGCCGCCACCGGCGGCCGUGGUUCCCUCGCCCCCGCCGGCCCCUGUGGUCGGGGCGCCGCCUACGACUACGAUUACCAACUCGCCCGCCGCGGUGCCGGGUGCGCCCACGGCUGAGCCGGCGCUAGCGCCGGUGGUCCCCGUGCCCCCCGGACAGACCGCCGCCCCCGCCGCCAGGGACCUGCCCAUCACCGGCAUCCCGACGCCGGCCCCGAUCGCCGGCGGCACAGCCCGCCCGGCCGCUCCCAUCGUGGCGCCGGUGGUCCCCGGCGCCCCGACGUUAUCCGGCACCACGGCGCCCGUCGAUCCGGCGGAUAUCCCCAAGACGCCGGCGCCGGUGCUGCCGCCGGACCAGCUGCCGCCAACACCGGCGCCCGCGACGCAGCCGACACCGGCGCCGCUGGCCCCGGGGAGCACGCGGGCUCCGGUGCCGACUCCGGUGCCGGUGGCCACUCCCGCGCCUUCGACGAAUGCGCCUAGCGUGAGCGGGGCGCUGACAAUGUCGCUGGCGGCGAUGGAGCAGUGCGAGGACGGGUGCGAGGUCGGGCUCGCGAACGCUUUCGACGUUCAGCCUUACCUGGUUCGAUGUAGCUGCCCCGAAGUCGAAAUCUCCCGGAGGUCCUUGGGAGGCUGGCUGACAGAGGGGUGGAACUCGACGACCGUGAGCCCAACAGAGGGCUCCUACUACCUGCGGAGGCGUCUGGAGGAAACCAGCGACGCAGGUUUCGUGGUGACCGUGCCGGGAACCACAACCUCUGGUCUCAUCCAGUCCAUCAACUACUUCCAGAACAACUUCGAUCGUGUUUCGGAAGCGCUGGGCGUGGACUCGGAGAACGUCCAGUUCUCGUCUCUCCAGUUCAGCGCUACUUCCUUCUCGCCCAUCACGGAGGAGGCCAGCAACAACGACGUGCAGCUGGUCGUUAACCCCCCAGCGUCGGACGCGUCGGCUGCCGCCGUGGGGAUGUUCGUGCUGUUCCUGGUGGCUCUUCUACUCGGCACCUGCGGGUGCCUGUGGGCGAUCUUGGGCUUCUGCAGGCAACGAAUGAGGGCGAAGGAGGCCUCCCGUAAGGACUUCUUCUCGUCCAAGAUGAUGGGCUCCGCCGCCGGCUCAGUGUCGGGCGCCUCGGGCACAGGGUCCGGUGACGAGGGCGAGUACUACCACAACUUCAACCCGAUCCGCACGGGGGGAAUGCUGGCGCCCCACGGGAAGGCUAUCGCGCCGGCCUCGAUCAAGGCGGUCUCUCCAACCCCGUCUCAGACCAAGCAAACGGAGCUUUUCACGAACCUGAUGGAAGCUACACCGCCCCGGGGCGACCCCAUCUACACGGAGAUGAUCGGAACCCUGGGACUGUUCGGUACCUUCUACAUGUCCAAGGAAGACAUGGACUUCUGCGCCAUGCGGCUGUACAGCAACUUCAAGCAAGCCCAGGAGAACAUGGAGCGCCACGCUAUCCUGGACUCAAUCGAUGUCAUGCCCGAGAUCUACGAUAUCCUGCGACACUGCGAAGACAGCCACCUGACGGCGGACGAGAAGUCUCUGCUCGCUACGCAGCUGGCGCCACACUGGACGAACUCGGAGGAAGCGAGGCGGGCUCUAGAGACGGCGGUUGUGUACACGGAGGCCGAGGAGGAGGCGGAGUUCUGGCAGGGUUUGCAGGCUGCAACCGACUCCCUGUCGAGGUACGACCAGAUCAUCGUGACGGCGCGAAUCGUGCUCAUGUUCGACGGCAGCAGCGGGCAGUCGGCGGCCAUCCGCGAGGCCGUUCCCCUGUUCCAGCAGGUGUACAAGAUCAUCCGGGGGAAGUGCCCGCAGUGGCACGAGGGGAACGUGCAGCUGAUGGGGGUGUCCCUGGCCAUCACGUUCCUGGAGUACGGGUUCAAUUCGCAGACGUUGGGGGUGGAUGCCCAGAGCACGACCCUGGACUGGGUCCACGGGCUUCAGCCGGACGACCUGGAGAAGUUCUUGGCCGAGAAGAAGGACCAGCGCAUGAGAGUCCUGUGUCUCGACCUCGAGCCCACUGGUAUCCCCCAGCAGGCCUUGCGAGACAACGACGAGGUGAUAAGAGCUGCCAACUCUUUGCAAUCGGAGUCGUCGCCGACCAGUUCGGCGCAAAUGGAACUCCCCUUCCAAGGGGCGGAUGACGAGACUCCGUCGUCGGCGAUGUCCCCCCAGGGGCUCAUGUCGAUGCACGACCAGCCAUUCGACGACCAGAGCCUGAGCUACGGGAGCAUGCCGGGCAGCCCGGGUUCCUCGCUGCUCAGCUCCAACCUGCACACGAACAGGGAGGCGAUGCGGCAGGCCAGGGGCGGCGUGCGGGACAGCGCGUCGGGCAGCGUCAUAACCAGCAGUAGCAACUACAGCGAGGAAGAGCAGAGUGAGGUGCCCGAGAGCCCACUCAGCCGAAUGAGCGCCCACAGCUACGGCCCGAGCAGUAUGGCAUCCUCCGCGCAGGCCGGCGGCCGCGGCAGCGGGGGCGUCCGCCGCCAUGGCACCUCGCCCAUCGACGCCCGUCAGGUGUUCGAAUCGGGCUCGACCACGAGCCAGAGCGAAUCGGAGGGAAGGCACCGCGGCAUGUCGCGAGGCACUAGCCAGGACAGCGAGGAGGUAGGCGGUGGCUUCCGCAGCGGCAGCGGCAGCGGGCACCGGAGCGGUGUCGAAGGCGGCGGCUUCCGCAGCGGCAGCGGCAGCGGCAGCGGGCGCCGGAGCGGUCUGGAAAGCGGCCACUUCCGCAGCGGCAGCGGCAGCGGCAGCGGGCGCCGGAGCGGUCUCGGAAGCGGCCGCGGCCCGCAACGGCAGCGGCAGCA